AUGGACGAGAUGAACCCAAGGUUGUCAGAUCAACCAGCAUCCCAACCAUCUCAAUCGUCGACUAGACCAGGUAUACCCUCCGAUGCUCUGACCGACAUUCAAUUCAGCGAGAGAGGUUCGGCCAUCACAAAUGCAAGACAGGCAGUAGAUGUGGAUGGGCAGGUGAGAUGGCUUACUCGUGAUGGGCCUGGUGAAAUAGUCGAUGCUACCGAAGAUGAGCAGAACAUUAGUGCUGGCAACGGUGAGGCCCUACCGGUGCACGAUAAUGAGCGUUUGGUGCGAGACUUCGUCGAUAGCGUGUGCGACAGACAUGGCUUUCCGAAAGGUCAAUGGCGUCCGGAUUUCGAGGGUGGAACACCUCGAUUUGACCCUCAAAAGGAGUGGUUGGCAGCGCUUGUCAGGAAUUUUGUGCCGACCGACGAGCUUGCCAAUGUUGACCUUGCCAACCCUCGAGACGUUGCAGCGAUCUUGUCGGACGCCAUGAACAAGGCGCCUACCGAUCAUUCCUAUGCAUUUGGUAUGGACGGUCACAUUGACUAUGAUUGCUACAAUCAAGGUCCUGAGCUCGAUCCUCGAACACAGAGGACGUUCUCCAACUAUCUCGGCAUGCUCAACCAGGAUCGAAAUCUGGGACAGCCAACGGCUAGGCAACGUGGCCUUGAGCGUAUGUUUAAGCACCUGGCCAGCGAGGACGGCGAGUUCGCACGUGCCGCACGAAGAUCUUCAACAGCUUCUUCCGCGUCCUCCGACUCAAACAUAUCCAUUUCGCAUUUGGACGACAAGAGUGGCCUUCUGGAAUGUGACCAGGAGUGCUGGCUUAGGUCACUUGACACAACUCCGCUGAUCGAUGAGAUGCAGGCGCAUAAUGUGGAAGAUACUGACCUGCAACCGUUCCAAUAUAAGCCAUUGUCCCAAACCCAGUUUCGCUUGCUAGAACUGCAACCUAGCGACAAAAAGACUGAGCUUGUUCAAUGUUCUAUCAUGGCUGCGCCACUGCCUAAAGCUGAUGUACACGACAGUGUUGCUUCUCAAGGUAAAUAUGAAGCACUCUCAUACACAUGGGGCUCCCAGAACAACCUGCGAACCAUCUCACUCAACUCUCGUGCCUUCCAUGUGACUGUAAAUCUACACGAUGCUCUCCUUUCCCUACGAGAUAAGGCAGAGCCUCGAAUGUUAUGGAUCGACGCUGUUUGCAUCAACCAGACGGACGACGAGGAGAAGUCUCGACAAGUGCAGCAUAUGAAGACGAUUUACGAAGAAGCGUCUUCUGUAGUCGUCUGGCUCGGAGAUGAGGCCGAGUCCAGUGGUCUUGCUAUCUCAACGAUGCGUAUCCUUGACGACGAAAGGUCUCGAGAAUUGACUUUUAAACGAUCUCAUCCGACUGCAUGCAUGCUCAACCUGCAGAAAAUCUACUUCGCUCAGCUUGCCAUGUAUCGACGACCGUACUUUCGUCGGACUUGGGUCAGGCAAGAGGUGUCGUCCGCAAAGCAUAUCGUAGUGCACUGUGGUAAGGAUAUUUUCUCCUGGAAUCUGUUGCGACGAUCGGAAAAGCGUCUACCACGGACCGGUCGGAAGUUGGAUUAUGCCAAUAUCGAGAUAACAGCUGACCACCAUGUUGAGUCCUACUCUGUCAACUUCCUCGAAUCCUUCAAGUGGCUAGAAAAUGGAUGGUUGCCCGGCAAGGCUCUUCUGCAGACUUUUGGAGACAUCCGAAGUUUGUGGUACUAUCACUCUGGUGGAUUGCUCGAGCUGUUAAUGGCAGGCCGUGCCUACGAAGCGACUAAUCCUCGAGACAAGAUUUAUGCUGUCCUAGGAAUGGCUGAGGUACCUCUCAAGGCUGGUAAGCUCGACAAGCUGAUUAUUGGGAAUCAGAUUCAAGAAACUGCAGCCAACCCUGCGCAAGCUGAUGGCGAUCUAGCCAACACGAACGACGACGGAAAUCCUGACGAAGAAGCUGAUAUGUUAAUCGUUGACUACUCAGCAUCAGUAUCCGCUAUCUACCAAUAUCUAGCCAAGUACAUGAUCAACCGUGAUCGAAACCUUGAUAUACUGUGCAUAAUCAGUACUCACCGUAACAAAGACUCCGCAGACCUACCAACCUGGACGCCAGAUUGGCGAGUACCGACAAGCGAUAUAGGCAUGAAGGAAUGCUUCGACUACUUCACUGAGAAAUUCGGUGCAUCAGGUUCCACAGAAGCCGUGCCUCAACAUUACGAUCUGCCAGGCGUUCUGUUUGUCGAAGCAAUCUACUUCGAUGACGUAGGUGCACUGGGGGAAGCUACUACCAGUGCCAGACAUAUGUUCUCAUACCUCACGGAUGGUCAGAUUCUGGCUCAGAAGUUCGACGAGCAGACGCACUUGCGUCGCUGCGCGCAGACAGAGGCUGAGGGGUUGCCUUGCCUUGUGCCACGGGCUGCAAAGAUUGGUGAUGGGAUUUUCAUCCUGCUUGGUGCCAAAUUGCCCUUUGUGCUGCGAAAGUUAGAAAGUGGACACUCAAGGUUGAGUGAAUAUCCUGAGUCGGAGCGCAUGUUGUCCGGAUUCCCGCAUCAGUACGAAGUCGUUGGUCCUUGUUGUGUGCCUGCGUAUAUGUAUGGCAAUCUGAUCAAAGUUGCUAAGGAAAGUGGAUGUCAGCCUGCGAACAUCGUGCUUUUGUGA